AUGGUGAAGCGCAAGAAGCAUGACAAGGACAAGUACUACAACCUGGCCCGGCAACAGGGCUACCGCGCGCGGUCGGCCUUCAAGCUCAUCCAGCUGAACAAGAAGUACGACUUUCUGUCCACGGCCAAAGUGUGCAUUGAUCUCUGUGCAGCUCCGGGUGGAUGGUGCCAAGUCGCGGCCAAGUACAUGCCGGCGUCCAGUAUCAUUGUGGGCAUUGACUUGCUGCCCAUUCGUCCGAUUCGAGGCGUCAAGACGUUUCAGUGCGACAUUACCACGGCGCGCUGUCGGCAGAUCAUCAAGCAGGAGAUGCAGAGCUGGCAGGCUGACGUGGUGCUCUGUGACGGCGCUCCGAACGUCGGCGCCGAGUACUCGAAAGAUGCCUACGUGCAGAACGAGCUGGCUCUUGUCGCCCUGAAGCUGGCGGUCGACGUGAUGGGACGGGGCGGCACGUUCGUGUCCAAGGUCUUUCGCUCGCAGGACUACAACGCGCUGCUGUGGGUGUUCAAGCAGCUGUUUAAGAAAGUGAGUGCAACGAAGCCGCUGUCGUCGCGGAACGAGUCGGCCGAGAUCUUUGUCGUGUGCGAGCAGUACUUGGCGCCGCACUCGAUCGACCCCAAACUGUUCGACCCGAAGCACGUGUUUGACCAAGUGGAUAGUCAAGAGCAGACCAUCACGAUCUUUCAUCCCAAGUUUGGCGAUCGCAAACGGCAUCGUCAAGGUUACGACGAGACAUUGGGCGUGACGUUGACGAACGAGUGCAGCGUGUCGCAAUUCAUUGACGACCACGACCCGAUUCGACUCUUGACCGACACUACCAGUAUCAAGUUCUUACCCGAAGACGACGUGUAUCGCGAACACAAGGACACGUCGAACGAGAUUGUGACUUGUUUGAGCGAUCUGAAGGUGCUUGGCAAGUCUGACUUCAAGAGUUUGCUGAAGUGGCGAACGCGUAUGCUCAAGUACAAAGAGGAGCUACUGAAGGCCGAAAGGCCCGAAGAAGUAGACGCGGAAGACAAGCCUGUGAAUCCCAAAGAGCCUCAAUGUGUCCUAACGGAGACUGAGAAGGAUGCACUUGUUCGUGAAGAGCUGUCUCAGCUGCGUGCGAACGUGCAAGCGAAGAAGAAGCGUGAAAAGAAAAAGGAACGAGAACAGAAGCAGAAGCUUCGUCUUCGCGCGGCAAUGGGCAUGAACGCCAAAGGCAUCGACAUAUCCGAAGCCGGUGCUGCUUUCAGCUUGAAGGAAUUGAAGCUGUCGAAGGAAAAGGUGGACGAGCUGGAAAAUGCUGGUGCCGAUCUGACGUCGGACGAAGAGCUUCAGUUUGAGACGGACGACGAAGACGGUAACAGUCACGAAGACAGCGAUGCCGAGUACGACGAGUUGUUGGAAGCCUCGAUGGAGACGGCAUACGAGCAGUUCCUGGCCCGUCGAGGCGACGACGUCAAGACGCGCAAGGCCGUGAAGCGCACAAAGGUCGCGAAGCGGGCUCUGGCUGGCGAGGCCCUCGUGCAGGACAGCGAGAUGUUCGAUGGCGACAUGAAACAGUACCAGAAGAUGAUCAAUCCGGACGAGAGCUCGGACGAUUCGGAGGACGAGGUGGAUGAGCUGAACGUAUCGCUCGAGGUGCCUGAGAAGUCGAGUGCUGCCGUAUCUCGCUGGUUCAGCGACAACAAGCUGUUCGACGGCAUUGGCGAGAAGGAGGAACUGUCCCUGCCCGACAUGCCCAAGACGGACAAGGAGAUUCGCCAUGCCAAGCGCAAGGCCGCAACGGAUCGCAAGGAACGCCGGGCAGCGAAAAAGCUGAAGAAGGAGCAGAAGGAGUACGAACUGGAGUUCGGCACCGAGUUUGAGGUCGCCGCUGGCAACUCGGAAGACGAAGCGGCUAUGGCUGCUGAAGCCGACGAAGGAAGGAACGACAGUGCAGGUGCGGUGGAGAAGCGGGCGCUGAUCCGAUCUGGAAUGGGCGCUGCACUGGAAAACAAUCCUAGUUCGGCGGACAAGUUUGAGAUUGUAGCUGCUGUUGAUGAACCGGGCGAAGACACGUUGCCUGCCAUGGACGAUCGCAAGUACGACUCGGACCACGAGGAGUAUGACGCCGAGGACCGUGCGAAGACCCUCGCCCUGGCGAGCAUGAUGGUCCGGAAGUCGAAGGCGAAAGACCUGAUUGAUGCGAGCUACAACCGCUACACGUGGAACGACUCGGAAGCAAUGCCCGACUGGUUUGUCGAUGACGAAGAGAAGCACUACCGUCCGCAGCUGCCGAUCCCGAAGAACGUCUUGGCGCAGAUGAAGGAGCGGUUCAUGGAGAUGGCGACCAAGCCGGUGAAGAAAGUGGCCGAGGCCCGCGGUCGUAAGCAGCGGCUGCAAAUGAAGAAGCUCAAAGCGGCGAAGAAGAAGGCGACGGACAUUGCCAACUUGCCCGACAUGUCGACACGCGAGAAGCUGAAGGCGAUCGAUCGUGCCAUGAAGGGCACGCACGUCAAAAAAGAGAGCAAGGUGUACGUCGUGUCGACCCGCGGCGGGACCAAGACUGCUGGCGGCAAGAAGGCCGGCAAAGGCAAAGUGAAGCUCGUGGAUCCACGUAUGAAGAGCGACAAGCGGAACGCGGACAUUCGUGCGAAGCGUGGCAAGAAGCGGAAAAGAUAA